UCUGACCUGACACAUUGAGAUUGACUCAUAUGACCACACAUGCAACACAUACAGUACAAAGGUACAUAUGUCGUGAAACACGAUGUGCUUCCUGUGAAUUGAUAAUGUGACGAGACCCAAGUAAAAAUGGAAUCAGGGACGAAAUGGAUCCUCUGUUUUGCCGUUGUCAGCAAUAUCGCCAUGAUAUUUGCCAACGCCUUGAUGACAGUUCUCGGCCCAUCUCAACCCUUUCUAGCGCAACAGCUCGAUGUUGAAAUCGAUACCAUCUCAUCCAUGUGGACAAUCAGCUUCAUGAGUGCCAUAAUUGGAUCCUUGAUGGCCUCAUUCACGUUCAAACCAUACAUCAUUAACCCAUUGUGGAAAAUGGUCAUAUUUGGUUGCGGAUCAGCCUUGAGUGGCCUUUGUACCAUAUGCGUGCCUUACUCGCCAUCCUUUGGACACUUAUCCAUACUUUUGGUUCUCAAUAAUAUCAUAUCCGGCUAUUGGAUGACGGGAAAUGGAGGCAUGUUUGUCUAUACUUUGGGUCCAAAGAAAAGUCGAUCCUUGGUGAUGCUACACCAUUUUACCGUUUCAUUGGGAUUCUUACUGGGUCCCAUGCUUAUGGGUCACUAUUUCACGGAUUCAUUACCUUCCAAUGACACUAUUUGCUCAAGCAAUAUGACUCUCGCCAUUGAGGCACCUCCCAAAGUCUCCUUGAACUUGAACCAAGUUCCCCACGAGCCACCUCACCAUGUUCCUUCAAGGCUAUCCCAUCAACCCUUUUGGAUUUUGGGGAUCUUACAAGUGGCAUCCAGUCUCUUGUAUUUCGGGAUGACCUUCGUUCCGUACCAAAUGCCAGUUCAAGAGGAAUUGAAAGUUGUUCAACAAGCCAAAAACCUGAAGGAAGCUUUUACAGAGGAUUUGAGGUCCCUCAUCCCUUUGAUGCUUUUCUUCGCCUUGUCGUGUGGCAGUGAAAGAAUAUUCCAAUCCAUGCAGUUUUCAUUUGGCCUGUGCGGCCCACUGCAAUUAUCCCCGCCAGAAGCCGUCAUCACGGACAAGUCAUAUAAUGGCGGGUUUAUGUUGGGAAGAUUCAUCGGUAUGUUUGUGGCACAUGUCGGAUCCCCUAAGUUGAUGUUGAAGAUAUCUUUGGCCAUAUGUUUUCCGGCCUCUCUGUUUACAUCCAUAUUUGCCGCCAAAUCUCAAUUGUUGUUUGUUUCAUGUGCGGGAGUUUAUGGCUUUGCUAUUUCUUGGCAAUUUGGAGCCGCUUACUCUUGGGCAGCCAAAUAUUUGGAUGUUGUGGGUUCAAGAUCUGCGGUUAUUUCGAUUGGUUGUGCCUUGGGUAGCCUUCUUACACCAGUCAUUUCGGGGUUUCUCUUCAAAUAUUCCAGUCCUAUGGCCUUAUGGCAUUUAAACUCUUUUAUAGUAAUUAUGCAGAUUGUGCUUCUGGGUUAUUUGCAUCGAAAUUUCAAGGAAGGUCCCAAAAAUGAUGGUCUGAAUAAAACGGACGAUGGUCCAGAAUAUAUACGGGUAGUAACUGAAUUAGCUGAUGAAAUGGACGAAACCCUCAUUACCGGAAGUGGUCGGAAAGGUAGAAAGAUCUCUCUUUAUGCGUUCCAAACCUAGCUGUGGAAUUUGUUUCUGACAUCAUCUAAUUAGUGCACUUUUGAACUUAUUUUUUGAUGAGUUUUAAACAAUAAAUAAUGCAUAAAGUC